CCGUUUUAUUCGUGCUCCAAACAGCGAGGCCAUGUUAACGUUGAUAUUAUUGUUAUUAACUACUUAUUGUCAAUUAAAAAAAAGUAAUCACCCAACCAUGACAUUCGUUUACAAAUGAAUACUAAAUACAUGCUUUAAAAGUAAUAGCUGGUUCCAAGCAAUUAAAUUUAUCCAGUAUCACAAGCUAUCACUUACCUACUGUAAAACCAUGAAGAGUACGGCACUACUAGUGAUCUUUGUUGCCAUUUUUGUAUUCGAAACAACAAAAUGCAAAACUUAUCAACCAAAAGUGCGAAUUGGAAAUUACACGACAAUAAUUGGAAGAGUGAAGAGGACUGUCGAUGCACACAAAAAAUACGAUGCGUUUUACGCUAUUCCUUAUGCCAGACCGCCAGUUGGAGAUUUGAGGUUUCGUGCACCACUUACAUUAACGGAAACAGAAAUGCAGAUAGUUAUCGAUUCGUCCACAGAUCCGUGUCCAUGCCUUCAACAGACGCGAUUUGAAGGAGGAUGUGAAGAUUGCCUGUAUUUGAACGUGUACAGACCUCACUUAAGGGGAAAUUCUGAAUUACUACCUGUAAUGGUGUGGAUUUACGGUGGUGCUUUCGUAAGAGGAUCCAAUAGCUAUAAAUUCUAUGGUCCCGACUUCCUAUUAAAUGAGAAUGUCAUAGUAGUCACCAUAAACUACCGCCUUGGUGUAUUUGGGUUCCUCGGUACUGAAGACGCCAGUGCACCCGGAAAUUAUGGAAUAAAGGACCAGUUGUUGGCCUUACAAUGGGUUAAUAAAAAUAUCGUUUCUUUUGGGGGAAAUCCAGGUCGCGUAACUCUUUUUGGAGAGAGUGCCGGUGCUGCCAGUGUAUCGUACCUGUCCCAACUCGCAGUUACUAAAGGAUUGUUCCAAGGCGCUAUAAUGGAGAGCGGUUCUUCACUAUGUUCUUGGUCGUUCGUAAAACGCCCACUUGAAACAGCUAAAUCUUUGGCUAAAUUAUUAGGCGUUGAUACAAAUAAAACGGCAACUAUGGUAGACAGUUUAAGACAGAUUAAUCACAAGGCACUCCAGGAUGCGCAGAGUUUUUUGAUUAAAAAAAGUAUUCUAUUUGACAACUUGCUUGAUGAAUUGACCUUCUCACCGUGUGUUGAACCUGCAAGCUCAGACGCCCUUAUAACACGUGGUAGUUAUAGUCUACUUAAUGAAGGCAAGUAUCACGAAAUUCCGUAUAUGAUGGGAUAUAAUAGUUUGGAAGUCAGUGGACUCUUGAUUGCUGCAGCUGUUGGACCAAUUUCGCUAUAUUUUGGAAAGUUCAACCUUGAACCAGAGAAAAUGGUUCCGUUAAGUCUAAACAUCGACGAGCCUGAUGUAAAAGAACGUGUAGUACAAAUCAUCAGGGACUACUACUUUAACAACGAGCGCUUUAUAACUUCUAAAAAUCAGUUGAGAAAGUUUCUCAGCGAUGGGGCAUUUGUACGUCCUAUUACUAAAUCGGCGCAGUUGUAUAGCUUACAUGCCAAUGUAUACUUCUAUGUAUUCAGUUACGCGGGCCUAUUAGGAUCAGGCUAUAGACAAGAUGUUGGACAUACAGAAGAACUCCCCUAUUUAUGGAAUAGCCUUGGAAAGAGUAUACCAAUACACAAACAAGAUCAGAAAAUGAGAGUUCGUAUGGCAAGACUGUGGACUAAUUUUGCAAAGUUUGGCAAUCCAACCCCGUUCAACGACUCUCUUCUCGACAACGUAGUGUGGCCAACUGUAGAUGCACAAGGUACCUUUCAGUAUUUAAACAUCAGCAGAAUCUUAAGCGUGUCAAAAAAUCCUAAUUGGGAUUCUUUCACCUUUUGGAAGAACCUGUUCACAGAAUUUCAGAACCCUCCCUAUAAUACCUAUUAAAACUCUCGGGUUGAUUUUCUGCACGAAUAAUGUGAAAACAAUUGCACUAAAAAUAUCCUAAGCAGAAGGUGCUGGUAUUAAUUAUGUUAGGUCAAAUUUAUUGCUUUUUAUGCCAAUAAAAUUCAGAUCUU